GGAGGUGGGAGCGGCCGAAGUGAAGCCGCGAGAGGGUGGAGGGUGGUGGUGGUGGUGGUGGAGGGGGGGAGAGACUUUGGCUGGCUGGAGAGCCUCUUUCGCAGCCGCCGGGAACAGCAGCGAGAGGAAAAAGCGGGCGCAAAAACAAGACCCAAACAGCCAACCCAGAAAGGAAGGAGCCAACCCAAGCCAGCGCGUUCCGACGACCGACCAAAGCCAACGACGCCGCGCCACGGGUUUAGGGGCUGCGUUCCUGACUCCAGCGCCGUCGGGGCUGCCAGGCGGAUGCCCGGCCGGUUCUCCCAUUUGAGCUGAAGACAACUGGUUUGAGACCUCCAUAACCAAAGGUUGAAUACCAUGCAGCUGACAACAUCCUGUUAAACCAACUUAUGCAACUGGCAUCCAGAUGUUGACGGAGGUGGCUGCGAUCAAGUGUCAUGUGAGGACUACACUUUUGGAUCAGCUCUUCGGUAUUCAGCCUCUGAUUGUCCUCAGGAGAACUGCUCUAUAGGUCCCCGUUGGCUAAACUGAGAAAGUUCUAAAACGGCGACCCCCUGUUCCUGAGGAAUAAACCCCUGGGACUCCCCUGAUGCUUUGCCUCCUUCUCUUCGGUUCCUUUUCUACUGGUUUUGAACUUCGGCCUUCGUAGACAGCAAAAAACAAAAGCUGAACGGAUGUGUGACACAGUGCGCUUCGGAAUUUCUGGGGGACUCUCGCUUUAGUAAUUUGGGGGUAAAUCGCUUUGCCAGUUGUGCUCUGUCCCCCCCCCCACCCCACCCAAUCCAUCCAUCCAUCCCACACAGCAGCCAUGAAGUUUCGUCUCCUCACGGCCUCCGCACUGCUCCUUGCGAUCUCCCGAUGUUGGGCUGUCAGCUUUCCAGAAGAUGAUGAUCCUAUUAACGUGGUCAACUACCAUUAUUCCAAGCAAUAUCCAGUGUUUAGAGGACGCCCUUCAGGCAACGAAUCCCAACACAAGCUGGACUUUCAACUGAUGUUGAAAAUUCGAGACACACUUUAUAUAGCUGGCAGGGACCAAGUUUAUACAGUAAAUUUGAAUGACAUUCCAAAAGGGGAAGUUGUCCCAAGCAAGAAGUUAACAUGGCGGUCAAAGCAACAGGACCGGGAGAAUUGUGCUAUGAAAGGAAAACACAAAGAUGAAUGCCAUAAUUUUAUUAAAGUCUUCGUCCCCAGGAACGAUGAGAUGGUUUUCGUCUGUGGAACGAAUGCUUUUAAUCCUAUGUGCCGUUAUUAUCGGCUGAGUACCUUGGAGUAUGACGGAGACGAAAUUAGUGGUUUGGCCAGAUGCCCAUUUGAUGCCAAGCAAACUAACGUUGCCCUCUUUGCUGAUGGCAAACUCUAUUCUGCCACCGUUGCGGAUUUCUUGGCAAGCGACGCCGUUAUUUACCGGAGCAUGGGAGACGGGUCGGCCUUGCGAACAAUAAAAUAUGAUUCCAAGUGGAUAAAAGAGCCCCAUUUCCUUCACGCCAUCGAAUAUGGGAACUAUGUUUAUUUCUUCUUCCGAGAGAUUGCUGUGGAACAUAACAAUUUAGGCAAGGCUGUGUAUUCCCGCGUGGCUCGCAUCUGCAAAAACGACAUGGGAGGCUCCCAGAGAGUGCUGGAAAAACACUGGACGUCAUUCCUGAAAGCACGUCUCAACUGCUCGGUGCCUGGGGAUUCGUUUUUCUACUUUGAUGUGCUGCAGUCUAUCACCGACAUCAUUGAAAUCAGUGGCGUCCCUACCGUGGUCGGUGUUUUCACCACACAGCUGAACAGCAUCCCUGGCUCAGCCGUUUGCGCUUUCAACAUGGAAGACAUUGAGAAAGCCUUCAAAGGGAGAUUUAAAGAGCAGAAAACCCCCGACUCUGUUUGGACAGCUGUACCCGAAGACAAAGUACCGAGGCCGAGACCUGGUUGCUGUGCAAAACAUGGCCCGGCAGAGGCUUACAAAACCUCCAUUGAUUUCCCAGAUGAAACGCUUUCUUUCAUCAAGUCCCAUCCUUUGAUGGAUUCCGCUGUUCCGUCUGUCAUUGAGGAGCCGUGGUUCACAAAGACGCGAGUCAGGUAUCGGUUGACCGCAAUAGCUGUGGAUCAUUCAGCUGGCCCGUAUCAAAACUACACAGUCAUCUUUGUGGGCUCUGAAGCUGGAAUGGUACUUAAGAUCCUGGCAAAGACCAAAGCUUUUUCACUGAAUGACAGCAUCUUACUGGAAGAGAUUGAUGCUUUCAAUCAUGCCAAAUGUAAUGGGGAUGGUGAAGAGGACAAAAAAGUCGUCUCUCUGCAAUUGGACAAAGAGCACCAUGUGUUGUUUAUUGCGUUCUCCAGCUGCAUCAUUAGAAUUCCCCUCAGCCGUUGUGAGCGUCAUGGAUCAUGUAAAAAGACUUGCAUUGCUUCUCGGGACCCUUACUGUGGCUGGUUGGCCCACGGAUCCUGCGGGAGAGUGAGAGCAAGCAUGUUCAUUGGAGGGUAUGAGCAAGACGUGGAGUACGGCAACACUGCCCACCUGGGGGAUUGCCACGAAAUUUUGCCUACUACAACUACACCAGAUUACAAAAUAUUUGGCGAUCCAACAUCUGACAUGCUGUUAUCCUCAGCUUCCAUUACCACAGUGGGAAGCAUCCCUGUUAUCUCACCCAAAGUGAUUGGUUCCUGGAAACCUAAAGUGACUGGCUCUCGGAAAUUUGUAGCUCAAGAUGACCCAAACACUUCUGAUUACUCUGAACCUUUAUCAGGGGAUCCAAAGGGUGUGAGGUGGGAAGUCCAGUCGGGCGAUUCCAACCAAAUGGUGCACAUGAAUGUCCUGAUUACCUGUGUCUUCGCGGCUUUCCUUCUGGGAGCGUUUAUUGCCGGCGUGGCUGUUUACUGUUACCGAGACGUUUUUGUGAGAAAAUCCAGGAAGAUUCACAAAGACGCAGAGUCGGCUCAAUCCUGCACGGAUUCCAGCGGGAGUUUUGCCAAGCUGAACGGCCUCUUUGAUAGCCCAGUGAAGGAGUAUCAGCAGAACAUCGAUUCGCCCAAACUUUACUCCAACUUGCUGACGAGUCGCAAAGAGCUGCCCCAGACGGCGGACACGAAGUCCAUGUUGAUGGUGGACCACAGAGCCCAACCACCAGAACUGGCAGCUCUUCCGACCCCGGAAUCGACUCCUGUGCUUCAGCAAAAGACCUUACAAGGGAUGAAGAGCCAGAUGGAGAAGGCUCAGAACAACCUCAGCUCUUCAAGGAAAGAAGCCCCCUUGAAGAGUCCUCAGUUUUUCCCCUCCAGUCCUCCACCCCAUUCUCCUUUAAGCCACGGACACAUCCCCAGCGCUAUUGUCCUUCCCAAUGCCACCCACGAUUACAACAUGUCCUUCUCCAAUUCUAACGCGCACAAAGCGGACAAAAAGAUGCCCAAUGUGGACCACCCACUGACUAAGUCCUCGGGCAAAAGAGACCACAGGCGAUCUGUGGAUUCCAGAAAUACCUUGAAUGACUUCCUGAAACAUUUAAACGAAGCCCCCAGCAACUCCAAAGCCAUCAUGGCUGACCUUCAGGUGACUCACCAGACUUUAAUGUUGGAUUCCAUGGGCAACGUGACGGAGGUCCCCCCCAAAGUCCCUAACCGGGAAGCGUCUUUGUACUCUCCUCCUUCCACCCUGCCACGAAAUAGCCCGACGAAACGGGUCGACGUCCCCAAUGCGCCGGCAGCACCAAUGACCUCUUUGGAAAGGCAAAGGGGCUACCACAAGAAUUCUUCCCAGAGGCAUUCUAUAUCAGCUCUUCCUAAAAACUUAAACUCCCCUAACGGGAUGCUGCUCUCCAGGCAGCCUAGCGUUAACCGGGGAGGAUAUAUGACUCCGACCGGAGGCUCAAAGAUGGACUACAUCCAAGGGACACCGGUCAGCGUCCACCUACAGCCUUCCUUGUCUAGGCAAAGCAGUUACACGAGCAACGGGACGCUUCCUCGGACAGGGAUAAAGAGGAUGCCCUCUCUUAAGCCAGAUGUGCCACCCAAACCUUCUUUUGCCCCACAGACGCCUUCAGUCAGACCACUGAACAAAUACAGUUAUUAAAACUUUGCCUAAUCAAUCCAUCCAGACCUUGGGGGGCGAUGGUGCACAACAGAUGGAAAGAAAGACUCCGACUCGCUUGUCAUGGAGGGCAUUGGGGGGGAACCGAAUUUGGGGGGCAAACAGGCUCUUUGGGCUCCACUGGCUGGUUUUGUCUGGCCCGCAGCAAGACUCUGCUUGCCCCAUGCAUUAAAGAGAGAGGAAGGGCUGGCCACAGCAUCUCUUGUGUUGGGAGUGGAGGAGAGACGUAGCACACACACAAAAAAAAAGGACGGGACUCCGUGGCCACUUCAAAAGAGCUACUUUAGAGUACUUUAGGGAGGAAGCAGAUCCGCGAACAACAACAACAACAACAAAUACUUGAAAUUAAUAAUAAUUAAAAGUAAAAAUUAAAAAAGGGAGGGGGUUUGUUUUAGACUGCCAUACUGUGUAGUCUUCCCACAAAAUGUGAACGUUUUAAACUAUGUAUGCAUUUGCCUUGCCUCUUGCACAAAUAUCCGGAAAAAAAGAACAAAAAAAAUGUCUCGAGAUACGUCUGUUGGUUAAGGAAGCAACGAGCUGAACUUCAGCCUCUUGGUCCGACAGUAGCAUUUUUAUUUCUGUCUCCAAAGGAUGACAGUUUGUUUUAAUGAUCAAAGGGGAGAAAGGGGGUGAGAAGGGGUUGCAUGCAAGGGUGCAAGGAAGCCUGGAAUUCUUAGGGAGGUGCUCAAUUCCAUUGUGUUGUCUGGACAGACAUGUUUACAUUUGUGACAGAACGAGGACUUGCCAGCGGCUUCGACUCUGGUACUCUUGCCUUGCAAAGAUGCACUGCAAAGAUGUCGUGCAGCGGGCUUGGGCAAUACAGGUAGUCCUCGAUUUACGACCGCCAUGGAGCCCAAAAAUUCUGUCGCUAAGCGAGACAUUUGUUGAGUGAGUUUUGCCCCCUUUUUCUGGCCCCUUCCACUGUUAAGCGAAUCACUGCAAUUGUUAAGUUAGUAACCAUUCAAUGGCUUUCCCGUUGAUUUUGCUGGUCAGAAGGUCACACGAUCCCAGGACACUGCAACGGUCAUAGAUACAUGCCAGUUGGCAAGUGUCCGAAUUUUGAUCACAUGAUCAAUGCUGCAACAGUUCUAAGUGUGAAAAACAGUCAUAAGUCACUUUUUUUCAGUGCCAUUAUAACUUCAGACGGUCACUAAAACAAACUGUUACAAGUUGAGGACUAUCUGUCUUGAUUGUGGCCUAUGACAUAAUUAAGGUACAAUGUGAAACAAGCCAAACAUAGAUACCCAAAGCCAGGCUGUUCUAAAGCUAGAUCUCUAAUUUCCAAAUGUUGUUUUAAUGGGUUUCCCAUUGAUCCAACCACGGUUUAAUUUACUGUCCUUCAAAACAUCAAGGGCUGAAGCCAUCCAGUGUAGAGAUAAUUUAAUUUCCCCCAAAUUUCAAACACAUCUUCAUGAAGGAAAAAGAGGACAUUCGCAUGCAGGAAAAUACCCCAGAUUUCUGUUUUUUUUCAAAUGCAAAGAGUUGCUCCAUAGCUUCCUGCAGUGUCCUUCCACCAUCUGUCUUAAGCUCAUGGGAAGUCAAGGAGAAAAACCCCAUUAUUGUCUUUUAUGAGUCCAACAUGUCAAGCCUAACGUGAGGCAAGAAGGUAUGUUUGCCAUUGAGCUUCUCUGACCACCGCUUACAUCACUGUAAGGAGAUUCUUCUCACUGUUAAAGAGCUCUGUUGAAAUUAUUGAGUAUGUUCCUACAACACUAAGCCGACAUUCCCUACUCUGGUCCUCCAGAUAAGUUGGGACUGCAAGUCUCAAUAGUCCAACUUGGAUUUGACUUGGAAUGCUGGGAGUUGUGAGUACAACACAUCUUGAAGACACAAGGUUGAGGGAGGGUCACUUGAAGCUGCGAAAAGCAGUUGGUAGCUCUCCAGAUAUUGCUAAACUACAAGUCCCAACGUCUGUAGGAAGCAUGCCAACAGUGAAUGAUGUACUAGAAGUUGUAGUUAGUAACAUCUAGUUGUCUACUUCUGUAUGAAGCUUCGUGGUUUUCUCCCAAGUUUUGAAACCGUACCCUUCCAACACUUGUGGUAAGAACCAGAAGGUUCAAGCAAUGUUCUCACUGUUGUAACAGGUGUUGGCUUUGGAUGUUAUGUGAACAUACCCAAUUUCCUAAGUGAGGGAGGAUAAGUGUGACAUUAUCCCCAUAAUAUAGCCAUUCCCCCCCCAAUGUCUUAGCAGGAUCCAUCCAUCAAAAUUCAGCAGAAGCACAGCCCAUCAUUUAGCUUGUGGUUUCUUUGAAGCCAUGCCGACCACAACACUAUUGUAAAUAUUCUGUGUGUGACUUUACUCAGAUCUGUGCAUUUUGUGCCUUAUUCACAAGAAUGAUUUUUUUUUCCUAAAUUGCUCACUACUAAAAAAAAAAUCCUGUCAAGUGUUCUCUGUAAUAGUACAUCGUAAACCCCCGAGUGCUUUUAAGUUCUCUCUGCAGUGUCCAAAAACAUGAAAGAAAAAAAGCAGAGAAGGAAGGGAUUAAUAUUUUCUGCAGAACCGUUCAUUAUCCAUGAAAAACGUAAUCUAUAAGCCAAGAAACCUCACUGUGCUAAACAUCCAAUCCUGAAUUGCUUAAGAAUCAAACUGCAACAAUGGGAAAUCAUAUAAGAUUUGUCAGAUAAUACAAGCGGUGGCUCAGUGGCUGAGCGUGUCGAUCGAAAGGUCGGCAGUUCAGCGGUUUGAAUCCCUAGUGCCGCGUAACGGGGUGAGCUCCCGUUACUUGUCCCAGCUUCUGCCAACCUAGAAGUUCGAAAGCAGGUAAAAAAUGCAAGUAGAAAAAUAGGGACCACCUUUGGUGGGAAGGUAACAAUGUUCCAUGCCCCUUUGGCAUUGAGUCAUGCCGGCCACAUGACCACGGAGAUGUCUUCAGACAGCGCUGGCUCUUUGGCUUUGAAACGAGAUGAGCACCGCCCUCUAGAGUCGGGAACAACUAGCGCAUAUGUGCGAGGGGAAACUUUACCUUUCCAAGCCACCCAAAGUUGCACAGGUUACAGUGUGUGCUUAUUGCUGAUUGUCAACUCAGAUGAGGAUCUUGAUUUCUGUUGGAUGUUCCACCAUUUGGUUGCUGAAGUCUCCGUAACCAAUCUCUUUUAAGUUUACAGGUCAAAUACAAAAAAAACAUCUGUCAUAAGUAAAAAAAAGAAAGUUUUCAAAUCGAUUGUUCUUUCAUAUAGACAAUUAAACUCUUUUUCCAAUCUGUAGGUCAAGCAUUACUUGUCUCCCAAAAUGCCACAAGUAAUUUUUUCUAAAAAAAAAAUAAAUAAAUAAUAAAAUAUCUCCAGUCUUGCAACUAAUACCUUUUAAUUUUUUUAAAAAAAAAAAAGAAAGAAAGAAAGAAAGAAAAGAAAUCAAACCGCAAAAAUGUAAUUGACGUCACUUUACAAUCAUUAAUGAGUAAUACAUACUUGUGUAAAACUGAAACAUAAAUGUUAUGUGAACCCGAAUAACUUUUCUGUAACUUUGUGCUGCCUCGUUUGUGGGUAACGUGAGUCAUCUCAGUAUUUCUGUUGAAAAAAGAAAAAAAAAAAAACCUCUAACAUUCGACAUAGUCUUUAUUCUGUUAAUUUAUAAUUUGUGUUGGGUUUUUUUUUUCCCUCCUUACAAAAUAAACACAUGCUUUAUCCAUUUGUGCAAAGGUAAAUGCAGAUUGUAUCUUUUUUAAAUGGUACAGAUUAAAAAGAAAAAAGAAAAGAAACAGUAAUCCGGAGAGAGAGAGAGAGAGAGAGAAAGGAAAGAAAAACUGCUCUAUACAAGCUAUAAAGUACGUUAACAUGUAUAGAGAUAUCUUGUAAAACUUGUACUGUGGAUGUGUAAAUAAAAGACGUCCUUUGGGUUUUUAACACCGCAUGUAAAGAUGAAAAUAAACUCUUCAAAAGGAG